UUAUUAGCUAACUAUAAAUAACCGCUAAAUCAAGCAACUGGAGAGAGGGAAGCUAGAAAACAAAUAAAUCAAAGAAGAAAGAGGAAAGAGACGCUCUGCCUUCCUCUCUUGACUAUUUUCAAACCCUCGACAGCGUGGACUUUGACCGUUACUUUUCAAGUUUUUCUUCAUCUCCCUCUAUCUCUGUAUCUCUCCGAGCUGGCUAACCACCACCACUACUACUUUUCAAGAAGCAGUUCUCACUCAUAAGACAAUUCUUCUCCAUCGCUGCCGCUGCACUGCACUUGUGGGCUCCUCUCUACUAUUCCCUUCUACUAAUUUUCAAACUUCUCAUCUUUCUCUCCAUGUCCGCAAACCUAGCAAGCUCCUUUCCCUUCUUCUGAUGAUCCUCCAUAAAAGAACUGUAGCCAAACCUAUAUUAUAGCAUAGGCGAUGGUGGUUUUAACAUAAAUAUAGCUAUAUAAAACACCCUUUCGACUAUACUUGUCUUAUAAUGAAUUGUCAUCCAUCUAUGGAGAUCAAAGGUAGAGAUGAUAGAAUCAAAUGAAGUGACUCAGAUAAAAGGAUCCGAUCAAAUUUAUGGAAGGAUCUCUCAUGCUAUACUAAUCAAAUAUUCCAUUCCCGCUACUUCACAUGGACACCGUCUUUUCGCUCAUCAGCGAAGAGGACCGUGCUAGCCAUCUCCGAUCAUUAAUGGAAGCUAUUGGUUGCAAUUACAUUUGCCUUUGGUCGUAUUUGCCUGAACCGACCCGCUGCUUAUACUUCUUGGACGGAUAUUACCAUGAAGAAAACAACCAAGCUAGUCCUUCUUCAGGAAGCUUAGCUCGGAGGCUUUUUGAUGAAUAUCGGCGAGAAAUGUUCUUCAUUGUAAAUGACCGUGUUCCUGGAAUGGCUUUCAUUAAUAAACAACCUUAUAGAGAGUUAACCGAGUCGGAAAUUGGAAGAAUGGCGUCUGUUGCUGUGCAGCGCCAAUUUUAUCGGGAAGCAAGGAUCAAGACCGCAGUGUUCAUGGGAUGCCGGAGUGGGGAAAUUGAAAUGGGCUGGUCUAGAGUGCAAAUGAACAUGGAAGAUACAUUGAGGAAUUGGUUUUCAGAGGACGUUCCCCAGCAAUCUCCAUUAGCAGAAUUUUCUCAACCGAUGGAUCCAAAUCGACCAUCAUCUUCUUCUUCCUCAUUAAAAUCACUAUCCAUGGAUAGCCCAGAAACCUCUCCUUUUUUAUUCAAUAUUCCGACGACACCCCACAUAUCAGAACUCCCUCAAGAUCCCACGUUGCAACCAAUACCAACCACAUCAACUGCAAUCCAGCAAGUAAUCUUGCGAUCGUUGCAGCCAAUACAAGCCACUACUACUAGCCCGCUUCAAUAUUCCAUGCAAUGUUUGCAGCCACUACAAACCACCGCUACUAGCCCACUUCAAUGUUCCAUGCAAUCUUUGCAGCCAAUACCAAGCGCAAUUAGUCCUACUCCACACCAACAAGUCAUGCACGCGUUUGCUUUGGUAAGAAACACUCAAUUACCAACCCAAGAAAGUGAAGAUGCUGUAAUGGCAAGAGCCAUUCUUGCAGUUCUAACUUCUCCUUCCUCUUCGACCUCUUCUUCUACACCUAACUUACGGCAAAGAGCUACUGCUUUCAAGAAGUAUGGAUCUCUUCCCACCACAACAACAGCAACAAGACUGGCAGGUUUACAUAGUCAAAGUCUGCUUAAAAGAGCUAUCAAUUAUUACAGAAACUUAACUAUUGUGAGACGGGAACACAUGCAAGCAAGCCGCUCCACCCCUACUAGCUCUCAGAUGCACCAUAUGAUAUCGGAGCGUAGAAGACGCGAAAAGAUUAAUGAAAGCUUUGAGGCAUUGAGAAAACUUCUUCCUCCAGAAGCCAAGAAAGACAAAGCAUCAGUGCUUACUCGAACAAGGGAGUAUUUAACGUCUUUGAAAGCCCAAGUCGCAGAGCUUAGCCAGAGAAACCAACAGUUAGAGGCACAGGCGCUACUACCUGCCAUAGAAAUUACAGAAGAAGUGAGCGAGUCAUCAAAUGAAAGAGUUGAAGUCCGAGUUGCACUUGUUUCUGAAUCAACACCAGAAGGAGAAGAAAGAAUUAUCGACUUGCAAGUUUUUGUAAGAGGAGGUAGUGCUAAUAUUUCAAAUAUAGUUAUUGGGAUCCUUGAAUUCUUGAAACACGAUCGAAAUGUGAAUUUGAUGUCCAUGGAAGCUACCACAAGUGCAACAGAAUCAAGAUUGUUGAAUCGUGUAAUCUUGAGAUUGAGAAUUGAGGGGAACGAAUGGGAAGAAUCUGCCUUCCAGGAAGCAGUGAGAAGGAUUGUUGCUGACCUAACCCAUUGACCUAUUUUGCACCAAUUCUUAAUUAUCUCCUCCUCUCUGCUGUCUGCUGCUUUUAGAGCUUAAUAUUAUUGCUCGGAAAAUUUCCAAUGAAUUAAAAGAAAUUAUUUAUUAUAUUGCUUGAAUUUCAGUCAAUAUAUAUAAUUCUUUUACUUAUCAGAUUAAUUACGUUAUUGUCUAUUUAGUAUGCUGACUUCAUAUAAUUUAUUUUGAAUA